GUCGCUGCCAUUGUCGCUAGUUUGUUUUUAUCCAACUGUGCCGGUCGGCAGACUCAGAUCUUCGCUGUAGACGGACGCUCGAGAAUUGAGUGAAGUUUUUUGUGCGCGCGCAAUUGUUCAGUUUUCGUCGCUUUCAAUAUUUGUCUCCUUUUGUUACGUGCCGGCUGUGCGCCGCCUGCAUAUGCGUGUGUGUGCGCGCUUGCUUGUGUGUGUGUGUUGAGUGCAUAUGUGCAUCUGUGUCUGUGGAAGCGCGCAGACAACAAAAGAAAAUUUACCGGUCCACCUUCAGCGCUUCCUUGCCCUUGCCCAAUGCCGUUAUUCGCACUGCCAAAAUAACAAAUCGAAUUUUUUUUCCGCAUACAAGUUGAAUAUUUUACAACUCAACUCGCUAAGCGCUUCUACAUUAUAAAUUGGACCAACAAGAAACGUUUCGCACAAGAAUGGCGUUGAUGAGACUGGCAAGACAACUGGGCCUGAUCGACACGUUGUAUGUGGAGGGCGGACGGCCAGAUCCAGCCAACGCCCUGGAUGAGUUGCAGAACGAAGCCGAUAUCAGCAUCAACGGCAUCGCCGGAGACACUGGAUCAGCAGCCACCACAGCCACAGCCGCGGCCGGAGUCAAGACAAAAAAGUCACGAAAAUCGAAACAGUUGGCGAUGCAGCCGUUCAGCUAUGUGAUUGCCGUUGACUUUGAGGCCACGUGCUGGGAGAAACAGGCGCCGCCACAGUGGCGCGAAGCCGAGAUCAUAGAGUUUCCAGCGGUGCUCGUCAAUUUGAAGACGGGCAAGAUUGAGUCGGAGUUCCACAAGUAUGUCAUGCCAAUUGAGUCGCCACGUCUGAGCACCUACUGCACGGAGCUGACGGGCAUCGAGCAGAAGACUGUGGACACGGGCGUGCCGCUGCAGACGGCGCUGAUGAUGUUCCACGAGUGGCUGCGCAAGGAGCUGCGCUCCCGGAAUCUGAUACUGCCCAAGACGAGCAAAUCGAAUCCGCUGGGCAACUGCGCCUUUGUCACCUGGACGGACUGGGACUUUGGGAUCUGUCUGCACAAGGAGUGCACGCGCAAGCGCAUGCGCAAGGCGCCCUAUUUCAAUCAGUGGGUCGAUGUGCGGGCCAUAUACCGGGAGUGGUACAAGUACCGGCCGUGCAACUUCAGUGAUGCCCUCUCCCAUGUAGGCCUGGCCUUCGAGGGGCGUGCGCAUUCUGGCAUUGAUGAUGCCAAGAAUCUGGGCGCACUCAUGUACAAAAUGGUCAGAGAUGGUGCACUCUUCUCCAUCACCAAGGAUCUGACGCCAUAUCAAUCGCUGAAUCCCAAUUGUAUAUUGUGAGCCGGCGAUCGAGCGAGAACUCCCUCCAAGCGAUAUCCAAUGAAAACUAAAACAGAAACCGAAAGAAAUGAAACAAAAACAAAUUGCACUUAGUUACUACAGACUUUUAAUAAACAAUUAAUAUUACGUAGCUGGCGAUGAUAGAUCGACAGUUCAGAAUGUGAGA